AUGUCAGAGGACGAAGCUUUUAAUGAACAAACAGAGAAUUUUGAAAAUUUUGAGGACGAGCAUUUCAGCGAUGACAACUUUGAAGAUAGAAGCACGCAACCGGAGGAUUAUGCGGUCGGUGUGACCGCAGAUGGAAGGCAAAUCAUUAACGGAGAUGGAAUUCAGGAAGUUAAUGGAACAAUAAAAGCACAUAGAAAAAGGUCGAAUAAAGAACUCGCUAUUCUCAAGGAAGAAAGGACCACAACACCUUACCUGACAAAAUAUGAACGUGCACGAAUUCUGGGUACUAGAGCCUUGCAAAUCUCCAUGAACGCCCCGGUUUUGGUUGAUAUAGAAGGCGAAACAGAUCCACUACAAAUUGCCAUGAAAGAACUUUCCCAGAGAAAAAUCCCACUAGUUAUCCGCAGGUAUUUGCCCGAUGGCUCAUAUGAAGAUUGGGGGUGCGACGAAUUAAUAGUUGAUAAUUGA